AUUAUAUAAUAUUGUUGUCGUAACCUGCAGAUGUCAGAGAAGAUCGAUGAGUUGGAGAAAACAGCUCUAGCAACGAAGCCGUGGCAGCUGGCCGGAGAGGUGACGGCGCAGACGCGUCCGGAGAACAGCAUGCUGGAGGAACAUGUGGAGUUUGAGCAGACAUCCAGGAUGGCACCUGGUAUCACAGAGGAAACCACACUACAGCUUGAAGACAUCAUCAAACAGAGAAUAAAAGACCAGGCGUUUGAUGACGUGGUCCGAAAGGAGAAACCCAAAGAGGAAGUGUUUGAGUACAAGAAGAGACUUACGUUGGACCAUGAGAAGAGCAAACAAAGUCUAGCAGAAAUCUAUGAGCAGGAAUACCUCAAGCAGAAUCAGAAAAAGACAGAGGAGGAGAACCCAUCCCAUGUAGAAAUUCAAAAGCUUAUGGACACGCUCUUUCUUAAGCUGGAUGCUCUCUCCAACUUCCACUUCACACCUAAACCACAUGUUCCCGAGGUCAAAGUGGUGUCUAACCUGCCGUCCAUCACAAUGGAGGAGGUGGCUCCAGUCAGCGCUAGUGAUGCUACAAUGCUGGCACCAGAAGAAGUCAAGGAGAAGAACAAAGCAGGAGACCUUAUGGGUGAUACUGAGAAGAGUUCGACAGACAAGAAGCGGGAGAGACGCCACAAGAAGAUGGUGAAGCGUGUAAAGAUCCAUGAGAAAGAAAAGAGACAAAAACUUAAAGAGGCCAGUAGAACCGAUGAGAACAGAAAGCUGUCCAAGGCUGAAGUUGCAGAGAACCUGAAGAAACUCACAAAAGGAGGCAAAGCCACAAUACUCAAG